UUCUAGACAUUAGCAAGAAGACCACGAACCCCAGGACAAGACAAGAGACAUGGGAAGUCCCCUCCAUGCUCCCAUCUUCCUGGUUGUAUGCAUCUUUAUCCAGUCAAGUGCCUGCGGACAAGGCUUGGGGACAGAGCCAUUUGGGAAAAGCUAUGGAGCUGCUGAAGUAAGGAAACCAUCACAGGAGAUGGGGACGAGAUUCCUGCUCUUCAAAGAUGAAAAUGAUCGUCGAGGCUGUCAGCUCCGAGUCCAGAGCCCAGAAACACUGCAAGAGUGUGGCUUCAACACCUCCCAGCCGCUGGUCAUGAUCAUCCACGGGUGGUCGGGCUCAGAAAGUGCCACCGUGGGGGAAAAUUCAGACAGUGAUUCUCAGGUGGAUGGCUUGAUAGAAACAUGGAUCUGGAAGCUAGUAGGCGUGCUGAAGUCUCGACCCGUGAACGUAGGAAUGGUGGAGUGGAUCUCCCUGGCUUACCAACAUUACGCUAUCGCUGUACGCAACACCCGUGUUGUAGGCCAAGAGGUGGCCGCUCUUCUUCUAUGGCUGGAGGAAUCUGUGAAGUUUCCUCCAAGUGAAGUUCACCUAAUCGGCUACAGCCUGGGAGCACAUGUCUCAGGGUUCGCAGGCAGCUCCAUGGAUGGAAAGCACAAGAUUGGAAGAAUCACAGGACUGGACCCUGCAGGCCCUAUGUUUGAGGGAUCUUCCCCUAGCGACCGUCUUUCUCCAGAUGAUGCCAUAUUUGUGGAUGCCAUUCACACCUUCACCCGUGAGCACAUGGGUCUGAGUGUGGGCAUCAAACAGCCCAUUGCCCACUAUGACUUCUACCCCAAUGGGGGCACCUUCCAGCCCGGCUGCCACUUCCUGGAGCUCUACAGACACAUUGCAGAGCACGGCUUAAACGCCAUAACCCAGACCAUCAAAUGUGCUCAUGAGCGCUCGGUGCACCUCUUCAUUGACUCCUUGCGACACAGCGGCCUGCAGAGCACAGGCUUCCAAUGCAGUGACAUGGACAGUUUCAGCCAGGGCCUGUGUCUAAGCUGCAAGAAGGGCCGUUGCAACACUCUGGGCUAUGACAUCCGCAAGGAUUGGCCAGGCAAGAGCAAGAAGCUCUUUCUCAUCACCCGAGCCCAGGCUCCCUUCAGAGUUUAUCAUUACCAGUUCAAGAUCCAGUUCAUCAAUCAAAUUGAGAAGCCAGUAGAGCCCACUUUUUCCAUGUCCUUGCUGGGAACAAAAGAAGAAGUGAAGAAAAUUCCCAUCACCCUGGGCGAAGGAAUUACCAGUAAUAAAACCUACUCCCUCCUCAUCACACUGGACAAAGACAUUGGCGAGUUGAUCAUCAUCAAGUUCAAGUGGGAAAACAGUGCAGUGUGGGCCAAUGUCUGGAACACGGUGCAGGUCAUCAUGCCAUGGGGCAUGACAUCUCACUACUCGGGCCUCAUUCUGAAGACCAUCUGGGUCAAAGCUGGAGAAACACAGCAAAGAUAUGAAGCCUUCCUUUACUAAGAGAAUGCUAUGCAGUGAUGAAGAUGAACCAAAGUCCCAAGUCCACACCUCUGUCCCAACAAAGAAUGUGGUCAAGCUGGCCUGGAGAGGCAACGAAGCAACUGGGGCUCAGCCCUGAAGGAAGCAUUCCUAGAUUUUUUUUUUACAGGGACACCGCAAAUGCAUAUGGCAUGAUAUAAACAUGGAACUAAACUGAGCUGUGUCUUAGUCAGAGUUUCUAGAACUGUGAAGAGACACUAUGAGCACAGCAACUCUUAACAAAGGGAACAUUUAACUGGGGCUGACUUACCGUUCAGAAGUCUAUUGAGGUUAUGGCAGGAAGCAUGGCUGCAUGCAGGCAGACAUGGUAAUGGAGAGGUGGCUGCAAGCUUGGUACCUCCACAGGCAGCAGGAAGAAAGAGAGAGACACUGGGCCUGGCUUUGAGCACUCAAAGCCCACCCCCAGUGACACACUUCACUUUCUCCAACAAGACCACACCUCCUGAUGCCGCUCCCUAAGUGUUCAUAAUAUGGGUCUCCAGGGGUCAUUAUUGUUCAAGCCACCACACACGCUCAGGAAUGGAUACACAUGGUAGAACUCGAAGCAAGAGCAGCACGCUGCUGCCAUGACUGUGAGGCUGCAGCCCCUCCAGGAAGACAACACAGUACCUCAGGAGCCAGCGGUACCCUGCAUCAUCUCUAGGCUCUGGAGAUGCAGAUGUUCAUGGUGACAGCCCUUCUACAAACCGUGCAGAGACACGCUGUGUAUAUGCCACGUUUCACAUGAUGGGUAAAAAAAGAGAAAGAAAGAGCAGAAUUAAACAAACACAUUUCUACUACAGCACCAUGUCUUCUGA